AUGCCCAAGAACGUGAACCUCUUCGGUUCGUAUCUCCAGAAUGUGAGCCGCAAGAUUCAGCAGGGCUACAGGAAGAGUCAGAUGACGAGGGUUGUGCCGGUGAAAGCCUAUGGAAAAACUCCGUCCUCCUCAUCGCAGAUGGCCCUCUGGGGUUCCGAUGACUUCAACUACUACACGCGGAAAAGGUGGACGGGCCGGUGGACACGAAAGAAGCUUUAUCCGCUCAACUACAAGAAGGAUUUUCACUCCGACGCUCUCAACACGACCAUCUACAACCUGCGGGUAACUCCGUCCGCUGUGUACAGCAUGGACGACGCUGGCGGGUUUGACAACUACAUCCUACGCACGCCUCCUCAGGAGCUCCGGUCUGCGACCGGCGAGAAGAUGCGGGAGGUGAUGUACUGGUACAUGAGGAAUCCGGAGGUCAAAUCCUGGGGCUUGCCCUGGAAAGUCUUCCUUCGCAAGAAGAGUCGUCAGGAUCCAGAAUUCACACGCUACGUCCACGAGUCUAAGAAGGAAGCAUCGGGCGUGAUGAUGGCCAAGCAGCAUGCCAAGUUCUCGCCAUACUACCUUCCCGCCCAGGGCUACAUGCACCCAGCACGGCAAGAGUUUAUGGAGGGUUCGGUGCAGCCCGAACUGAACCUGUGGUGGCGGGACAGCCCGGCGCUCACGGCCGCCUUCCGGCGGCGCCUUGGAGAGGCCAAGUCGUUCGAGGAGGCCCACGCAGAUCACCGUGAGCCCAACAGCUUCCGCUACGGUCAAACCUUCGGCGGAGGAGGAAAGAACAACGUGAGUGUGCCUUGA